AUGACUGAGAUAGUGGUUAAGAUCCGAUACCCGUUUCUCUCCCUCCAAAACCAAGCUAUUCAUCUCUCGAACCGCCAUCAAUGGCGAUGGCUUCAAGCUUGGUGCCGCCACCGCUCCGUCUCCGGCCAUUUCCUCCCCACUCCCCAACUCGGUCUCCACUUAUCAUCUCCUUCUCUUCUCAGGAACUCCCUCAUCUCCCCCAAUCCUCAAUCCAAGCCUCUCAAGGCUAUAAACUCCACCAUCCCCGUCAUUUCUGGUCAUCGCCGUUUACUCCUCAGCUCUGUGCAGGCGUCUCCGUCCAACUCUGCUGCCGCUCAGGGUUCUGCUUUCGAGCAAUGGGACUCGCUCACGGCCAAGUUAGCCGGCUCAGCCAAUUUGCCUUUCCUUCUCCUCCAGCUACCCCAGAUCGUCCUCAAUGCGCGCAAUCUCCUCUCCGGCAACCCCUCUGCUCUUCGGGCUGUUCCCUGGCUUGGUAUGCUGACUGGAUUGCUGGGGAACUUGUCGUUGUUGUCGUAUUUCGCGAAGAAGAGGGAGACAGAGGCAGUCCUUGUGCAAACGUCGGGUGUGAUCUCAACGUAUGUCGUGAUUCUACAGUUGGCAAUGGCGCAGGCUAUGCCACUGCCUCAGUUUGUUGCGACAUCCGUUGUUGUGUCUUUAGGUUUUGUCUUAAACUUCUUGAAUUACUUUUCUCGACUUGAUGAAUCAUUAUGGAGGCUUUGGGAGGAUUUUAUUACCAUAGGAGGCCUUUCGGUUCUCCCACAGGUAAUGUGGUCGACUUUUGUUCCUUUCGUUCCAAACAGCAUCUUGCCUGGAGUAGUCUCUUGUGUUCUGGGAGUUGGAGCUGUUGUGAUGAAAUGCAGGCACGAAUUGGGUAAACUUUCUGAGGAAGGGAUAAAAUUAGUGGGGGCACUGGCUGGAUGGACAGCCACUCUACUUUUCAUGUGGAUGCCAGUUGCACAAAUGUGGACAAGUUAUCUGAAUCCAGAUAACAUCAGAGGUCUAUCAUCUUUCACAAUGCUGCUUGCAAUGAUUGGGAAUGGUCUUAUGAUCCCACGAGCCCUAUUUAUUCGUGACCUCAUGUGGUUCACUGGAUCAGCCUGGGGAACAAUGUUUUAUGGGUGGGGAAACUUGGCUUGCAUGUACUGUUUCAGCACUAUUAGCAGGGAGUUCUUCUUGGCUGCCACAGUUGGCUUGCUUUUGUGGCUAGGAACAUCUUUGUGGAGAGAUACAGCUGCCCAUGGAUAUAAUUCGCCUAUGAAAUCAAUAAAGGAGUUACUCUUUGGACCAUAAUGUGGAAUUCUGCUGAUGUUCUACUAUCUAAAUGUGCAAGGCGGCUGCUGGUGGAUCCAUGUGUAUGAGAAAUAAGGUUAAGUUGUUCCAGUAUGUAGGCCCACAACAUGCUGUGGUUUAAGUCUUUAUUUUGUUGCAGUAAGGUAAGCUUCAAGGAAUAUGUUGUUUCUGUACACCACUUAAUAUGCCUGUUGUAGUUAUAGAUCCGUCUUUCCUCUUAGACAUAGCUGUAACAAAUUUUGCCUUGCAAUGCAGUGGAAAGAAAAUAAAAUAAAUGAUUAUGUUACAAAACUAGCCA